AUGCAAGGAAUGUACGUAGACAACAUGUCAGCGGUCUUCGUGAGAAUUGUGGGCAUUGCACUCAUACUUACAGUUCCAGGUAUAUACAACACUGCGAGUCAUUAUCGUUUAACGAAAUCUGUGCUGAAGAACUAUAACUCAAUUGUUCGCCCAACACAUAAUAUAUCUACCGUUACCACGGUUACCAUGCAACUAUUUGUAUCACAAAUAGUAGAAAUGGACGAGCGAAUUCAGACUUUAAAGAUCAAUAGUUGGCUGACGUUGGAAUGGUUAGAUGAAUAUAUAAAAUGGAAUGUCAAUGAAUAUAAUGGAAUAGAUAACGUUAAAUUACCGUCACAUUCACUAUGGUUACCAGACAUAGUACUGUACGAAAAUGCAGCCAACUACUACGAUAACUUUAUGAAGGACCGUAUCGUUGUUGUCUAUCAUACUGGUGACGUCAUGUGGGCGGCGCCUGUCAUCUUCCAAAGUCAGUGUCAGAUUGACGUCACGUAUUUUCCGUUUGAUAAACAAGAAUGUAAAUUAAAGUUUGGUCCAUGGCAACACGACGGGACAGAAGUCACAAUAACGGGAAAAGGCGAUGUCACAGUGUUUACCAGUGACGGUGAAUGGGACAUGGAAUACAUGGCAUCUAGAAGCAACAUUGAAUUCUACCCGGAUGCCCCUGGCAUACCGUAUACUGACGUCACGUACACUAUUCAUCUGAGGCGGCGCCCCAUAUUCUAUUUCUUCAAUUUGAUCACGCCAUGUGUGCUAUUGGCGGUGGUUACUUUGUUGAUGUUCUUCGUGCCAGCUGAAGCCAAUGAGAAAAUAACUUUAGGAAUAACUGUGCUAUUAUCACUUACCGUGUUUCUGCUGUUAUUGGCUGACGUAAUGCCACCAUCCAGCGAAGUCCCUCUAAUUGGUCAGUACUACGCCAUGACAAUGGUAAUGGUAACGAUGUCACUGGGUAUGUCUGUGGCAGUUUUACACGUACACUAUAAAGGUACACAGCAGGGCUCCCCAGUUCCACAGUGGACACGCAAGUACAUAUUGAAAUACCUCGCCUCCGCCUUACGCAUGGAAUUAGGUGAAAUUACGUCAUCUGACCGAGACUACCUUGACAUAAAGUGCAGCUGUAACAGUUCAGAUUCUCACAACGUAUUGGAUAUAAAGCAGCUCACCAGUCGUCGUACGAAACGAAAUGGAACCGUUAAAGGUGGUGGCAGUGGACACGAAACAAGGAAUCGGUGUAACCCUAAAGAUGAACAUGUGUUGUUUCAUUUGUUACUUGAAUUCAAAAAAGUGGUUUCAUAUUACGAUGAUAGAAAUCAUGAUAAUAUUAUACAAAAAGAAUGGAAACAUGUUGCCAUGGUGAUGGAUAGACUUUUUAUGAUCGUUUACAUUGCAGGGACACUGAUUCUUGUGUUAUUCGUUGUAUGUCAAAUUGGGAAGUAA